UUACACAUGAACGCUUUAAUCAAUAAGGCGACGCCUUAUGCCCGCCUUAUCACUAAGGCGCUUUGAAAGACCCUCAAACACCUCGGUUGUCUCACCGCCUUAAUAACAAUGAAAGACAUACAAGAUGCUAUUGUCACAAGGAAGCUUUGAAAUCUUUGAUAGGUUAUUAACCUUAUAUGAUAAUGUUUGGGCUUCUUUUCCUCUUAUCAGGCAUCCCAUGGACAGAAGAGGAACAUCGACUAUUUCUGAUGGGUCUCCAGAAGCUGGGGAAAGGGGAUUGGCGUGGGAUUGCACGUAAUUUUGUCAUGUCAAGGACCCCAACCCAGGUGGCCAGCCACGCCCAAAAGUAUUUCAUACGGCAGACUAAUGCAUCCCGGAGAAAGAGACGGUCCAGCCUAUUCGACAUGGUUCCAGAUAUGUCUGUGGAGACAACAAUUGUGACAGAAGAGCACUUGCUGCAGCCAACUUCUCAAGCCGGUGAAACUGAGUGUGUAAACCCUGAACUGCCUUUCGACCUCUCCCUCAACCAUGAAUGUGAACCAAUGGAGGGGACUUCCAAUGAAACCCACAGAGAAGUUGAAGAAACUGUAAUGCCAAGCAAUUUCCCUCCGAUGAUUCCUGGGUUCUUCCCACCAUAUUUACCAGUCGCUUUUCCAUUCUGGCCACCAAGUGCAGCCCCAGCAGAAGAAGAGAACCAAGUUGAGACUUCUCAACAUCAGGUCCUAAAGCCAAGUCCUAUUCAUUCCAAGGAGCCUGUCAAUGUUGACCAACUGGUGGGCUUGUCUAAGCUAAGCCUAGGAGAGGCUGCUAAGGGACAUUUAGAACCUUCUCCACUGUCCCAGAAAUUGCUAGGAGCCCCAUCAAGGCAGUCGGCCUUCCAUGCAAAACCACCGGUUAGUGAGUCAGAUUUGAGCCAGAAAAACACUAGCAUAAUCCAGGCAGUGUAAGGCAUGGUACAUGAGGGUUAAUUUCCUUUCAUCUUUACUUUUAUGUUUACAUUUAUAUUUCCCAGUGCUUAUUGGAUUAUUCAUUUUUCA